AUGGCUGGCCCACUUGUGAUGCCUAAAAAUCCUUACCAUGUCCGCUCGGCAAGCAUGCCCUCAAGAUCACAUCCCCUCUUUCUCAGAGUAGAGGAUCGAUUGCAGAAACUACAGACUUGGGGAUCCUCAUCGCCAUCCACCCACCCCACGACUGAAAUGUUGUGCGACGGUUUGGGUGGUCUCAGAGACUUGCACGAUUCGAUCGAGGAUUUGCUUCAAUCUCCACUCACCCAACAAACCCUAGUCAGAAAUUGGCAUGGAACAUGGGUGAAUGGGAUGCUGAAUGGUUCUCUUAGAAUAUUGGACUUGUGUGAGACUUCUAGAGAUGUCUUCAUGCUGAUGAAGGAAAACGCACAGGACCACCUAUCUGCUCUUCGCCGAAGAAGAGUAGGAGACUCAGGUCUCCACAACCAAGUUCUUGAUUACAUUUCUUUAAGAAGGAAGAUGAAGAAGAAGAUCCACAAGUGCCUGAAAGAAUUGGAGAGGGCAGAAUGCAAAUUCGUGUUCUUACCUCUCUCUGACAAGGAUCAACAACUUUCUGUGAUAAUAGGGGUGCUGAGAGAAGUAAGGUCGGUCACCAUCUCCAUCUUCGAAUCAUUCUCAUCCUUCAUCUCAUUAUCAAGGCCAACGACAAAGGCAAUCGGGCUGUCAUUGAUUUCGAAAUGGAUGGUGGGAACUGGGCGAGGAGCUUGUGAAGUGGCAAUAGAAAAAAUGAGUGAAGUGGGGCAGGUAGAUGUUCAUCUCUGCAGUCUUUAUGGCAACAAAUCAUGCAAAGAUGACGAGUCGGUGGAAAACAUGCAGAAGGGAUUGAAGGCAAUGGAUGUAAGUCUUCAGAGUCUCGUGGACAGAUUGGAAUGCACGUUUAGGCAUUUGAUCAGGACCAGAGUCUCCCUUCUCAACAUCCUCAAUCACUAG